AUGGCCGCUGCCAUGGAGGGCCCUGCAUUGGAGAAGCGCUGCCGGUGGCGAAAGGACAAAAAGGAGCAGCCCGAGCACCCGGCUUCCCCGGAGCCGCCCGGGCUGGCAGCCCCGGCCGCGGCGGCGGCAUCCCCGCAGCUGGGGCGCCCAGGGGCAGCAGCUGAGAAUUUCGCAGCAGCGCGAGCUUUCCAGGGCCUGCAUGGCCGGAAGACUGACUUUGCACUCUUGACGGGUGCGGUGGACAACGCUUACCAAACCGUACUCGGAGGCAAUGCAUUUUAUUACCGAGAGCUUAUUUGCAAGGAGGGCGAUUUCUCCAUGUAUGAAAGCUUGGUGAAGGAGUUGAACUACACCCCGUGUUGGAUGAGCGGAGGCACCCCGCUGUACCGGCCCACGGCCAUCGGCAGGGAGGAGGCCUUGAAGAGCUCGCCCACCUACGAGGCCGUGGUGCGCUGGCUGGCCGGCCACUUCGGUGUGGAGCCCGUGAGGUCGCUGGUCAACCAUUACCAGAAUGGAGACCAUUUCACGGCAUUCCAUUCUGACCAGUACUUCGACGGCGUCAACAUGACCAUCGGCGCAUCAUUCGGAGAGGAGCGGGCGCUUAUCUUCGAGCACAAGGAGUCAAAGGAGCAGUUCAACUUCCCCCAGCACAACGGCGACAUAUUCGCCUUUACGGACGAGGUGAACAGCCGCUUCGUCCACGGUGUGCCGAGGGAAAGGCGCCGCGCACGCUCCACGGGCGCGCGCCACACGCCGGGGCGCGUGUCGGUGAUCCUGUGGGCGAGGAGACACCAGCCCGAGUGGCAGAGGCACGCCGCCACGAAGCCCAUCAGCCUGCUGCCGUUCCACUACGUGCUCGAGCACGACCCGGGCAAGCCGGAGACGCCGGAGGCCGAACUGGGCGACGCGGCGGCCGCGGGGCCGCUGGCAGCGCCACCGCCGGCGCCGCAAGAGGCAGAGGGCGCGGCGGCGGUGGAGGGCGACGAGGCG